UUCUGGGGAGCUGACGAUCUUUCAUUAUUCACUUCUCAGGCUUUGCAGAUUCUUCAGAUAUUUUCUCAACUAGCUGAGGCACAGGGCCUCCUGAAACCCAACGACCUUUCCAAUUUGACCAAAGUCCACGAACAGAAACACAGCGGAGCACCGCAGGUAUGAGUCAGACUGUCAAGGAAGUCGCGAUUACCAUAAUGACCAAGAUCAACAAAUUACCUCCCGUGUCCGUCGAGUGUUGCAUCUAUCGAGUGCCUGAGAAGUUCCGUGCAGCAAACGAAGAGGCGUACACACCUCAAGUCAUCUCCAUCGGGCCGUUCCACCGCGAUAAGACAGUGCUUCAGCCGAGGGAGGAGAUCAAAAUGAAGUACUUGAAAGGCUUCCUCAGUCGCAUCAAGGCCGACCUCCUGGCUUGUACCAGAAUGAUCAAGGAAUUGGAAGACCGAAUUCGGCAGUGCUACCAAGAAAAUCUCACCCAAGGCAGCGACGAGCUCGUCGAAAUUAUCUUAGUGGAUGCAGUUUUUGUUGUUGAGGUUUUCAUAAGGAACCAUUGGCCCGAGCACCGAGAUGAGAACGACGAGAUAUUCAGCAAGCAGUGGAUGAAAAAUGGCGUGUUCCACGAUGUCCUGCUGCUGGAAAACCAAGUCCCGUUCUUUGUCCUCGAGGAGCUCUAUAACCUCACCACAUUGAGGACCACUGUUACGUUCUUCAAGCUCAGCUAUGAGUACUUCAAAGAUGUCUUGCAUGGGCAUGAGCUCGCAGGCACGAGAAUUCAGGUGAGGCACCUAGUGGACUACGUGCGAGCCCUGCAACUGCCCUCAUUCCCACGGGACAAGUCGUCCAAACAGGCCAAGAAAUUCGAGCUGACUCGGAGCGCAAAGGAGCUGCAAGAGGCCGGCGUCAAGUUCAGACAGGCUGAGGGAACCUCCUCCGUGCUUGAUGUUGUCUUCAGGGAUGGGACCCUCGAGAUGUCACACCUGAUUGUGCACGAGUGGACCGAGGUGUACUUCAGGAACAUGAUCGCAUACGAGCAGUGCCACCACGACUACAAGUACAUCAGCAGCUAUGCCAUCCUCAUGGACAGCCUCAUCGACACGCCGGACGACAUUGACAUUCUAACCCACUGUGGGAUUUUGGAAAAUCAGCUUAAGAGCACAGACGACGUGGCUAGUCUCUUCAACAGCUUGUACAAGGAGACCAUGAGGGAAUCCAGCCAGUUCUUCUACUCGAGCCAGUGCGAAAGCCUGAAUGCAUACAGCCGGACCUGGUGGCACCAGUGCAUGGCUGCCUGUUACCGGUCGAGGGUCAUCCUUAAAAGGGACUACUUCAGCAACCCGUGGUCUGGGAUCUCUGUGGUUGUUGCUGUGGUGCUGCUUGUUCUCACCGUGGUGCAAACUGCAUGUUCCUUGAUGGAUACUUACUCGGGUGAUGCCCGGAGAUUGUUCCGUUCACACAAGUAACGCAUGUCGGAAUAAACUUCUCCCAAACUUUCUUUGAUUCACUAGUUCUUAUUUUCUUGUUCAAUUGCUCAUUGAUCGCUUUAUUGCUAAGUGGAAAUGAAACCGGAAGUAUGACAUUAUCUCUCCUACAUAUGUACCUAAAUUAAGCACUUAGAUUGGUUGUUUGCUCUCUCUUUUCUCGAUUACGCAGGACUUCCAAAUAUCGUCUUGACAAGUUAUUCAAAUAUCUGCAUAAGGAAAAGUAGUUAUGCCCCUGGCCACACGACUGACACCGUGUGACCGAGCAACCAUGCAUGUUGUUCACCUCAUAUCAUCUGUUCAAGCUAUUGCAGAAAUGAUGUUUGAGUUUCGACCAUUUCCAUGGAAACUCUGGCUAGAGAAACUGUAUGAGAAACAGAAACACUACUCAAGUUGAAGGACACUUCUUCGUGUUUCUGAUUUUCUCCGUACAGCGAAGGUACUUGCCUGACAGUUGCUUCGU